CUCUGCCGUGGCUCGACAGUUGGUUAUGAAAUCUGAACGUGUUCGCACGUGCCGCACGGAUCUCGCAGCAGCUUCAACAGCCAUCCACUCAGUUCAAUUCAAUUCAACUCAACUCCGCUCCACUCAAUGCAACUCCACUCGAACUAAAUCGAAAUAAAUCACCCCAGACUCUGGUUGAACAAACAAAUAUCUAAAAAAAUCUAAAAAAAAUCCAAAAAAAAAAAACCAUUCAAAAUAUAUACAAAAAAACCCACAAAAAAAGAACCAAAACAAAAAAAAAAAAAACAAACAAAAAAAUUGCGAAAAAUACAUCAGAGAAUUGGAAAACAUUUCGUGCUAGAAAUUUGUGUUUAGAAAAUUUGUGUUUUCUUGAGUUCGCGCCUCUCGCAGUCUCCCUUCCUCUCUCUCUAUCUCUGUCACUCUGUCACUCGUCUCUAUCGCUGUCUAUAGUGCCAUCUCUAUCUCAUUAAUGGUAACCAACUCAAUCAACAAGCUGCAAAAAUAAAGUUAACAAAUAGGACAAAAAACAAAAACAAACAAAACAAAAGAUAGCAAUAAAUAGCAUAGGAUCAUAGUUCAAGUUCUUUUAUCAAGCAAAUCCGUCGGCCAAAAACAUUUUCUUUGAUUUUUUUUACAACUUUUUUUUGCGUUGUCAAUAGACAAAAUAAGUAAGUGUUUUGCGUGUUUGUGUGUGUGUAAAAAAAAAAAAAAACAAAAACAAACGAAAGGCCGACAGGAGAAUCGGUAGUGAAACUGCAUGGAAUUGAUGGCCAGAGAACCAGAGGAGAGAAGAAUCGAGCACACUCUGCUCCGAUCAGAGUUUGAGUAAUAAUCCCAAAGCCCGCAUACUAAAUACUUUGGCAUUACUUACUUGGAUUCGAUAGAGGGAACAGCGUCGAUACUGAGUGCCGACCGCGGACAAUAGGAUUCGUUAAAGUAAAAAUGCCGCUGGCGUUGCAGUCGCAGCUCGUGGCUCUAGCCACGCCUCCGCCCCACUAAAGGUCUAGGCCCCUGACACAGUCAGAGGCGGAGGCGUCAGAAGGGGCGUGCGAGCGUCCGACGGCAACGGCAACGGCUACGGCUACGGCAAAAUGGCCGCUAGCCCAGGAAAUGCAACAGCAACAUCGGGAGCAACAGGAGCAGCGGAAAGAGCAGCAACCACAACGGGAACAACAGCAACCACAACCACAACUACAGGCACAGGGAGAGCGUUGAUGAACCACCUGCUGAAUCGCUCGGCGGAGAGGAACCGCAGCAAUGAGGUCGAUAAAGAUGGGGGACUGGGAGAAGACGGCGUCGGGAUCGGAGCCCCCCCGACGCCAACGGGUUACCUCCCGCUGUACGAGGACGAGACGCAGCCGGCGGCGGAGGAUGACGGCUAUGCCCUAAUCGACGACAUCAGCGACUGGCUCCUGAGCUCCGCCAGCGCAGAGAACACCACGUCCACGUCAACGUCCACGGCAGCAGCGAUGGCAACGAAAAUGGGAAUGGGAAUGGGAACGGACACAGCCACCUCGACCACCAAUGAUACCCUGGGUUGGCUGAGCCUCGACCUAGGGGAAGCGUUGAACACCACGCAGCCCAGUCGUGUCAAUUCCAGCAUGGUGGACGAGGGGGAGGAGGAGGCGCCCGGCGACGGCCUCUACGCGCUGCGGAACUUCGUGGAGCAGCAGUUGGCCGGUGGCGAGGCCGGCACCGGUGCCGGGGAGGAAGCGGACAUUGCACUGAUCGACAGCGGGGAGGAGGCGGCCUUGGACAACGUAGCUGAUGCGGAAACGGACUACGGUCUGUUAGGAGGCUUCGGCGAUGUUGAGCUGCUUCAGCGGACGGCUACGAUGGCCAAGGCCACGCUCAGAAACCGCACGACGGCGGUGUCGAGCGGAGGUGGUAUGGUUGGAGGAGGAGGAGGAGGAGUAGACGGCGCGGCUGGUGGUGGUGGUGGAAGCUCAUUUAUGCUGCUUCUGGAGAACUUUAACGACUACUUUCCUAACUACAAUGGCAGCACGGUUUCGGGAACAACAAUAACAUCAGCUGCCGCGGCAACAACACCAAGCAGCGGCAGUGGCGGCAUCCUGAUGGAACAGAACCUCACGGGACUGUUCCUGGACACCUAUCGGAUGAACUGCACCAACGAGACGCUGAACCUGACGUCCGAGUCUUGUGGCGAGCUGAGAAUCGUGGACCACAACUACUGGGCGCUCAUCUUGAUACUGUUCCCCAUCCUUACCCUCUUCGGCAACAUCCUGGUCAUCCUGUCCGUAUGCCGCGAGCGAUCGCUGCAGACAGUUACGAAUUACUUUAUAGUUUCUUUAGCCAUAGCCGAUCUCCUGGUCGCCGUGGUCGUGAUGCCAUUUGCUGUUUACUUUCUGGUAAAUGGGGCCUGGGCAUUGCCUGAUGUUGUUUGUGAUUUCUAUAUAGCCAUGGAUGUGAUAUGCUCUACUUCAUCGAUAUUCAACUUAGUUGCCAUCUCCAUAGACAGAUAUAUCGCUGUGACGCAGCCAAUAAAGUACGCCAAGCACAAAAACAGUCGCCGCGUUUGCCUUACGAUACUGCUGGUGUGGGCCAUAUCGGCUGCAAUCGGCUCGCCGAUAGUUCUCGGCCUAAACAACACGCCCAAUCGCGAACCGGAUGUGUGCGCCUUCUACAACGCCGACUUUAUACUCUACUCGUCGCUGAGCAGCUUCUACAUACCCUGCAUCAUCAUGGUAUUCCUCUACUGGAACAUAUUUAAGGCCCUGCGUAGUCGUGCCAGAAAGCAGAGGGCUGCCCGUAAGCCGCAUCUCUCGGAGCUGACGGGCGGCAGCGUCAUCGAGAACAUCGCCCAGACUAGACGACUGGCGGAGACGGCCCUCGACAGCAGUCGCCAUGCCAGCCGGAUCAUGCCGGACGAGCCGGCCACCAACACGGCCAGUGGUUCCAACGAGGAGGAGGACGAGAACGCCAUUUCACCGGACAUCGACGACUGUCAUGUCAUUGUGAACGACAAGUCCACCGAGUUCAUGCUGGCGACCGUCGUCGAGGAGACCGGCAACAGCGUUGUGGCUCAGAUCACCACACAGCCGCAGCUGGUGGUUGCCGAUCCGAAUGGUAAUCAUGAUUCUGGUUAUGCAGCCUCAAACGUUGAUGAUGUCCUUGCAGGCGUGGGCGUGGCCACGGGCCCGGCCGGCACCGCCGCAGCGGUGAGCAGCGCCACGCCCCCAGACAGCCCCCUGCCCAGCGGAGCCACCCUGCAGCGGUCGAGUGUCAGCAGCCGGCGCAACACCGCCGAGGACUCGCCGAAGCGCGGCGAGCCACCACUCAGGUCAGUGGCAGUCGAUCACUCCAGCGUCGCCAUGAAGCCAUUGUCCUUUGUCCGCUAUGGAGUGCAGGAGGCCAUGACUUUGGCACGCAACGACUCAACGCUAUCGACCACAUCGAAAACGUCCUCGCGCAAGGAUAAGAAAAACUCGCAGGCGUCAAGAUUCACGAUAUACAAGGUGCACAAGGCCUCGAAAAAGAAACGCGAAAAAUCGUCGGCCAAAAAGGAACGCAAGGCCACAAAAACAUUGGCCAUCGUUUUGGGUGUCUUCCUCUUCUGCUGGCUGCCAUUCUUCACCUGCAACAUCAUGGACGCCAUGUGCGCCAAAUUCAAUAAAGACUGCCGACCGGGUCUGACGGCCUACAUGAUGACCACCUGGCUGGGCUACAUCAACAGCUUUGUCAAUCCCGUGAUCUACACGAUAUUCAAUCCAGAGUUUCGCAAGGCCUUCAAGAAGAUCAUGCAUAUGGGGUGAUUGAAAACGACGAGCAUGACAGCAGCAGCAGCGGCAGCACCAGCAAUCACAACAAUAGCAAUAGCAAGCAAGCCGAAACUGGACUAAGAGCAAAACUGUACUUAAUCGAAGGUGUAAGUAAGUAGUAGUGGGGUAAGGACGUAAGGAUAGAUGGAUAGAUGGAUGAAUGAAUGGGUAAAUGGAAAUACGUAUGUAUGUUUGGAGCACAGUGCCAAAUGAAAGCAAUGGAUGGAGAGAUGGAUCGAUCGAUACUCGCCACUCAAUUAGGCAUAUAAGUCUCGAGGCAAGGAGAUCCCCGUUCUUUUUGUUCGUAGGUACAAUAGCCCUAAGCAUGUGUACUCAAAGGUUCAGCUAUCUAUGUAAAUAGAUCUGUAUAUACAUCUACCAUUUAGCUCUAAUUAUGCAUAAGUACUAUACACAUAUAAUCUAUAUACCAAUAUCGCGUUGAGAGCAUUACGAGCUGUAGGCUAGGUACAAUUUUAAACAAUUACGUUUAGCUAAUCCUAAUCUCGAACGAUAUAAUCAAACGCCCCUCCCAAAACUGAAUACUGAAAAUAACUCUACCGUAGCCAUAAGUUCCACAAGUUGUCGGAUCAGAUUGGAACCAAUUCGCUUUAAAUUGAGGAUAAUGUUUUGUAUGCUAAUUCCUGACCUAUCACAUAUCACGAGCAGACAACUACUCGUAUUCCCCUCACCGAAUGACUCCCCCGCUCCCCCUUCCAGCCCCACCCCAAUGAGUAGAUAAGUGUAGAGAUGAAAUUCCAUAUCUUUAAAGGCAACGGCAACUCGAAGCAGAAGAUUUCGAAGAUGCUCGAAGUUAGCGUUUCGAUACUUGGUAUCGAUACUUAGUGUAAGGCAGCAGUAUUAGGCAGGAUAUAGAUAAGUGACAAGCAGGGCCUUGAGGUCAGCGGCCCCACGCACACACAGCACACACACUCACACACACGAAUGAAUCAAGUUAAGGACGAUAACUGAUAUUAAUAAGUUAUCGAUAAGCUGGCGCCAGGGCGAAAAAGUAAGGGAUGGAUGGGUGGUCAAGAAUGGUCACGGUAACUCAAAUAAACUAUUUUCUAUUAGUCUAUCGGUAAAUUUGAUCGAUCAUUGAUCAUAUAUGUGAUCGAUAAAUGCAUCGAUAGCUUUCAAAAUUGAUUAUAAUCAAUCAAGAACUGUCUUCCAAAACCGCCUUGCCCACCCAAGGAUCGCAUUCAAGCAGUAACAGUCGACCCGAUUAGAUAUAUCGAAUGGCAGAUACCCGAUACCAAAUCCGAUAACUUGUCCGCUGAACACACAUGCACACACACAAAAAGACUUAACAACAACAAACUAAAUGAGCCCCAAAAAUCAAACAAAAUCGCAGGAACGCUGACCCUCGAUGCCACACCUGCUUACAGAGCACAAUUCGGAUUAUUGUUCAGUUUCAGUUGAAAGCUCGUAGGCCAAGGCCCUAGGGAAAUUACAUCGUUUUAAGAGGAAUUUCGAUAGUGAAAGAUGUAAGCGCAUUUAAAACCUUAAGGUCUUAGGUAUUUAGGUUAGUCCCAUAGAGUACUCGUAAAUUAAACAGGGGCGUACCUAGUACGCCAAAACCAAAGCCCAAAAAUACUCAUUUUCAGAUCCCAGAGAACGCAAGUUCGGGAAAAGAAUAUAUGCGGUGACUAUAGCUGAUACUCCCACAGAGAUAUGUAGGUAUAAGGUUUAAGGUAUAGGAAGAGUGCAUAGCAAGUCGGACAAGUGCGAAGAAUCAGGGUAUGUAGAGCACAUUACUAGAAGUAAUCUGCAGCCGCUCAGAGAGGCAGAGGUAAAGUUGGGCAAGGGCGCAAUAGUUGCCCAGACCCAACUAAAGUACUACGAUAAGAUACAUAAUCGUAUGUGUAAUAUAAAAAACUGAGUUUUGAAACACGGACCGAAACCCUCGACCCACCAACGAUGAUAGGCCUGUCGGAUAUCGGAGCAUGACCAAACGAUGCCCCCUCGAAUGUGCCCUGGACCAGCGAAGUGCUGACUGAAAAGAGAGUGGAGUUGGAUGGGACUAUAUGUAUAUGUAUUUGUAUAUAUAGAAGGAUGGAAAGCGGGUUAGCCUUCGUUUCGAGACUGCUCCAAACUGCUUGGAGCCUUGCCCCUUGCUCUCAAUCAGAAUCAGGAUCAGUGAGCGAGCAUAUUCGAAUCGGCAUCGUCCUGCCACAGCAGAAUCCCAAUCCUUAUCCGAAACGCUAUCGUAGUUGGUCGGGCCGAGACACAUUUGGAUUUGGGUCCCUGAUUUCAAUGGCCGUCCUCUUAACUGUUUCUAUGUGACAAAUAAUUGAUAGAUACUCGUAAAUGCAUAUGCAAUACUUUAUACAAAAUUCCAUAUAUGAUAUGAAUGAAUAUUGUGUAGCACCUAAGACCUAAGCUCGGAUUAUGUGUACCUCGGAUUAAGCAUUAAGCGUUAAGCGAUAGCUCACUACCAAAUACGAGUAAUGUAAUCCCCGUAGGAAAUUCAGCUCAACGGUUUUUAUACUUUCCUAAAAUCUUCAAAAUGUAUCCCUCUGAUUAUCUGUGUGUAUUCGUGUGUGUGUGUGCUCUAGUGUUUGAUUGAGUGAGUGGAGGUGGUUUUUUUUCUCAUAAGCUAAGACAUAGUUCAUAAGGAUAGUAGGCUAAGAUACAAUAUGAUGGAAACUGUUCAACAUUCAGAUCAAUGCAAAAUGCUCCUAAGUUAAGUUCUUCCAAAGAAAACGCUUAUUAAUUAUAGCUAAUUGGUAAAUGUGCAAAUUGAAUUAACUAUACAUAUAUACAUACAUACGUACACGACACAGACACAUACACAAACACCCAGAUACUCACACACCUGUUGUUGGUUUAUCGAAAUUUUAGCCUGAGUUUCAGAGUCGAUGAAUUGUUAUCUAUUAUCUGUUAUCUGUUGAAUUCGUUAAUUUGUGAAUUGAUACGAUACCCAUUUAAGGAUAGUAAGUACUCCUAAGGCCCCUCCGCAUAAUCACCCCCAUAAAUGUAUGAAAACUAUAUAUAGAUAUGUAUGUAUGUAUACCCGUAUAGUGAGGUCUCUCUGCCCAGUAAGCAUACAGUACAUAUGUCUUUGUGUGCGUACAAUAUGUGUAAAACUAGACAAGAACAAGAAAAGACAGGAUCUAAAACUGAGAACUAUUUUAAAGCAAUGGUCAAAUUUGAUUGUUUUUUUUUCUAGAACAAUUACGAUGAUUAUGCAUUAAAUGAAAAGUAGGCUAAGCUCCAAAGAAAGGCGAACUACUGAUGCGGGAAUAAUUACCAUAGCUAAUAAUAAUAGCAAUAAAACCUAACAUCAAUAAAUGUAAUAAUAAUGGGAAUGGCCGCUAACAGCAAUUGAGCGGAGCGGUAUGAGAAUACAUUAAAUAAAUAAAGAGAAAUCAAUAAAAACUGAAAAUAUUUCAAAGCAAA